ACUGACACUCUUUCACACAGCAACUAAACCAAUCAACAUUGAGAAUUGGGAUUGUUUCAAUUUCUAGGGUUACAGUAAAGUUGGGAUCUUUGGUUCUGCACAGCAUCUUAUUCAAUUCAUCAAUGGAGAUCACAAAUGAACAAGGUGGUGGAAUACUGCACCGUAUAAUCCCACCGCGAUUCGAAGACGCUGGUCUCGAGGACUGUGCUCUUCCACCUGACGCCAUCAAGGAGGCUUUUUUCAAGGCUGCCAGCGCCGUUAAAAGAAGCGCCUCUUGGAUCUUUACCCCCAGUGAAGAUUCCGAUUCCGAAGGAGAUUGCGUUAAGGAUCACUGGACCGCCGGUAAAGACCAUUCCGAUGUUGCGACUGGAAUCCCGGAGGCCGUGUAUCCGGGACCUUGCACCGCCGAGAAGGGUAUCGAAGCUGUAGGUUUAGGUGGGCAGGAUGUGGUUACUGGGAAUAAUGAUGAAAUUGCGGAGGGGAAGAGUAAAAGGAAGGCUUGCGUGGAGGGAUUGCAGGGUUUGGAGAUUGAUGAGAAGAAUGAUGGUGUUGAUGAUGAGGAUGGGGAAGAUGAAGAUAGACCCAUUCUUGUUGAAGGUUAUGUUUGAAACCCUAAUUUGCUUUCUUUUUUGUUUCUGUUUUUUUAGGCAAUUUAAUUUUUGUUUGUUAGCUUUAAAACAGCUGUGGUUUUGAAGCUCUUUGUUGAGGCAAUAUAGGGUACAUAGUAGUGGUCAUGUAAUUAGAAGGAUUAUCAAUAAAAUUGAUGAUUUAGUGAAAAA